AUGGUGGAUCUCAUCCCUUUUGUUGCGUUAUUUUCACAUCAGGUGGUACCAGAGCCUAGGUUCGGAUGGCUGAUCGUCGUCGCCAUAUACCUAAUAGAUCAACAACCACAAGGUGAUGUAGAUCAAGAAAGUAGUGGCAGUGAAGACCAGAAUCCCUUCUAUUCUUCUUCUAGUUCUAGAGAAGGCAACAGCCCUAGCAAUUGCCACCAAACACGUGCAGUCCGUAGGCAGGAAUUUGACGUCAAGGUUGAUAUUCCAGAAUUUGAAGGAAGAAUGCAGCCUGACGAGUUCGUCGAUUGCCUUCACACUGUCGAGAGAGUAUUUGAUUUUAAAGAUGUAUCUGAUGAUAGAAAGGUAAAGCUUGCUGCUUUAAAAUUAAGAAAAUAUGUUGGAUUAUGGUGGGAAAACUUGAAGAGGAAAAGAGUUCGAGAAGGAAGACACCCUAAUGCGUUCUUGGGAGAAGAUGAAGAGGGAACUAAAGAGAAGAUUUUUCUUGGGAAAAACUAUAGACAAGAUUCCUAUCUCAAGCUUCAUAAUUUCAAACAUAAUGAUCUAUACAUUGAAGAGUAUCUUGCUGAAUUUGAUUAUUUGAUGAUCAAAUAUGAUGUGGUAGAGCCUCAAGAGCAAACUAUUGCUAGGUUUCUUAGAGGAUUGAGGACUGAAGUAGGCAAUAUGGUGCAGCUACAGCCAUAUUGGACUUAUUCAGAUGUUUGUAAGCUUGUUAUGAGGAUUGAACGACAACUAAAAGAAGCUCGGGGAAGUGGUUUUCGUUCUGUAAGAAAGGGAGGUUCUUUUAACCAAGGGAAAUCCUCAAAUUCUAGGCCUUCUAAAACUGUAAAACCUUUUACCUCAAGGUCACUGAACAAAGGUGAAAGCUCUAAACAACAAGGCCCUCCUAAUACAAGUUCAAGAAAGUGUUUCAAGUGCCGAGGAUAUGGGCAUAUUGCAGCAGAUUGCCCAAAUCAGAAAAUAAUUUCUAUUGUCGAAGAAGAAAUUGAGGAAGAGUCUGAUGAAGAUGAGGUUGAAUGUUCUCAAAUGGAAGAGGUAGUUCAUGCAGAUGAAGGAGAACUUCUUGUUUGUCGAAGUUUGAAUGUUCAACGCACACAAGAAGAUGGUUGGUUGCAUCACAACAUCUUCCAUACUAGGUGCACUUGUCAUGGUAAAGUCUACGAUGUGAUUAUAGAUGGGGGUAGUUUUGAAAAUGUUGUUUCUAGCGACAUGGUAGACAAAUUGCAGCUGAAAUAG